UCUUCCUGGAUUUAACAGUAGGGGCGUGGGAAGCUCUCAGAUGUCACAGGGUUGUAGAUAACAUUUGAACAUAUGAUUAGCUUUUGUGAGCUGUCUUUAGAAACCUUACAUUUUUCCCCCCCGCACCUUACCCAGAGAUCCUACGUGCUUUCCUUCCCUUGAGGUUUUGGGACACUUAAAAUGUUGCUUUGACAAAAAUCAAGGAUGUGGAGAAGUUUUUCCUGUGUGAUGUCAUUUUGCUGCCCUUUAUAAGCCUCUGCAAAGAAGAAGGGAACCUAUCCGAGAAUUCUCACUCCAGGCACAUGCAAACAAGGGAAAGCAAGAAGCACAGAGGAGUAUCAAGUUUCAGAUACCAACCAGCCACGACGAGCAGAGAGCCAUGCAACAGACUAGUCCCUACUGCUGCCUGGAGCACAUGCUGCUUGUACUCUGUAGCCUGAAGGCUACAGUCGCCUUUCCCAACUCCUCUCCACUGCUGAAUCCCAGCUGGGGGAAUGGAGAUCGCCUGAUGCACCUGUAUACAUCUUCAGAGAGGAACAGCUUCCAUCUCCAAAUCAAUGCUGAUGGCUACAUUGAUGGUGUUCCUCAUCAAACCAUAUACAGUGCCUUAAUGAUCAAGUCUGAGGGUGCUGGCUGUGUAAUAAUCACAGGUGUGAAGAGUGGACGCUACCUAUGCAUGGACAUGAAAGGAAACAUCUUUGGAUCGCAUUACUUCAGUCAAGAGGACUGUGUGUUCAACCAUAGGACACUGGAAAAUGGAUAUGAUGUGUACCAAUCUCCCAAGCACAACUUUCUGGUUAGUUUAGGCAGAGUUAAACAAGCUUUCUUCCCUGGUAUGAAUCCACCACCGUACUCCCAGUUUUUGUCCAGAAGAAAUGAAAUCCCUUUGUUUCGAUUCAACACACCUGAGCCCCACAGAAACACUAGAAGUGCAGAUAUUGAUCCAAUGGAUCCACACCAGAUCCUGGUCCCACAGAGAAAGGUCUCUGCAUUAGGAUCUCAGCUGCAGCUACAAACAGACUUUUCCCACAUGCCCAGGGAACCCAUGAGAAUCAAUCAGAAUGAUGUGGUGAACCCAGAUGACCCACAUGCCAUGAUGGAUGCCAGGAGGUAUGCGAGUCCUCGCUUUUAUAUUACAAGAUAACUGGGGCCACCUGCAAAUUGAUGACAUGCGUGAGUGAAUAUAAUAGACAAAAGGAGGUGCCUAGCACACUCAAUUUCUGACUCUUAAGAUGGCUAUUAGAAAACUGAAAGAUACUGGGAAAAAAUCCUGUAUUUCAAAUUCUGUCCUUACAGAUGACAGCUUACUGAAAAAAAAGAAAAGAAAAAAAAAUAGAGUUGCACUCUGCUUUACUGGAAAGAAGAUAUUUUCAAAAAGAAUAAUACAAACCAAAUAAUCUAGGGUCUGAAUUACCCUUGGUAUCUAUCAGUGAGAAACAAAAUUCACUGGAAUGAAUGGGAAACUGAUGUAGCUUGGAAGAGACUUGGGCCCUGGAGCAAUUGAUAUUCCAGCAGAGGCAGAGAAUCCUCUUACCAGCUCACUUGCAAGCACAGCAGACUAACUAACCAAUGGUGUGCUAUAUUAUUAUAUAAAAUUUAUGAUAUAUGUUUUUAGCUGUUAAGAUUGGAACUUUGUCUCUUUUCAUGCCUGUAAGAGUUGAAAAGUGACCACUCUGCUGUUAAAAACAAACAAACAAACAAACAAACAAAACAAAAACAACAAAAAAAAAAAAACACACAGCACGCCUGGAAAAUGUAACAACUGACAGGAGAACAAGGAUCAAAUAAUUUUGUUUAGGAAGAGUCAUUUCUGACACAUCUUGAUUCCAAGCUGAGGUUUAGAAACAGAGGAGCUGAUUUCACCAUUUUCUUAAGUCCUUUUCUGUCACACCUCUCUAUUCACUUAGUUGUAAUGAUGUGAAAUAUAAUGUGGAAACAUUCAUUAAUUUUGCAUAUUUCCAACAGAGACA